ACAUAAAAGUCAUACAGAUUACUAGAUUAAAUUCAACAUCUUCUGUCAUACUCCGUAUCAACGAAGUUUGAUGAUUUAAACGGUAUAUCUAAUAACUCAUAACAGAUAGACUAAAAAGGAAUUUAAUAUUAAAGAAGAAUCGAUUCGGAUCAGUCAUCAUUUGAAGAGACAAUCAGUCAUCAUUGAGAAAAAAAAUGCGUCUAAUUGUAAAGUUUCUUGUUAUUCUUCUUGUAAGCAACAUUGGGGCCAACUGGUCGGAGAUGACCAACCCCCUGAUGAGAGUAUGGUACACAUUCCUCCCCCAUUCGUCGUCUGAGUCGUCCACCAAUAAAAAAAAUGAGUGCGUCAAUUGCGCGGAGAAUAAGGUCAACGUAAUCGAUCCCGACCCGUUCUUGACCGAGCUGAGAGUGGAAUAUGUGAAGCAGCAGAUCUUGAAGAAGCUGCGACUGUCAAAGCCGCCUGAAGUUUCAAUGCCGCUAUCGACCUUACCGAAACCUCUAAUAAAUGGCAAUGUGCUUCGAUCCGAACUAGAAAGACCAGCCGAAAACUUCUACGGGAAAACCAAUCAGAUCGUUGUAUUCCCAAACGAAGGUGUGGCCGAUUCGACGAAAUGUCGUCAAAGCUCGAAUCACAUAACGAGGUUCAAUCCGGCGGCUUGUUUCACGUUUUACUUGCCGAACGAGAUGCUACACGUCGACGUGACCUCGGCAGAGAUUUGGUUCUACAAGGAGCAGGUCAAAAACGCCGACUAUCUCAACCAGACAUUCGUACUAUCCGAGCUCGAUCACUGGGACUUGGGUGGCAGCUUCGAAAAGAACACUGUCAUAGCAAUCUUCGAGACCGACAUCGGAGUGGGCUGGGUAAAUACAGAUAUGACAUUUAUAGUGAAGAAAUGGAUAAACCGACACAGACUGAACCAUGCCAUCCAGAUAGCCUGUACGACUUGCCCAACCGACCGCGAUACAGCACCCGUGUCCAUUGAGCAGGCCUACAAACCAUUUUUGGUGAUUCACACGGAACCGUUGCCGCAACGGAAUAGACCUAAAAGGCACUCGAAUUGCCUACCCGAGAUGAAGGAGUGCUGUCGAGAUGAGCUCUAUAUUGAUUUCAAAGAUAUAGGCUGGAGUGAUUGGAUCUUGCACCCUGACGGAUAUCACGCGUACUUUUGCCGAGGAUCCUGUUCCACGGCGGCUUCUUUAACUGUCAGCGGCUCCCAUUACAACAACGUUAUCAGGAAAUAUUUGACCACAGACGUGGGGCAACAAAAGAACAAGAUAAUACCGUGUUGCUCGCCAACGCAACUUGCCCCGCUCCAAUUACUCUACGUCGACACGAACAACACGAUCACACAGAAAACAUUGCCGAACAUGGUGGUGGAAGCUUGCGGUUGCAUGUGACACCGCUGCCUAAAGACAGAAGGUAAGUGGAACCACUAUCCUCCGGUGACGACGAGAAGACGAGGACCAACAUCUCACGUCACUCCGUCUAAGACUUUCGCCCGCGUUUAAUCGCCGUGAAACCGAACUUGAGAGAGAGAGAGAUGUUUACAAAAUCCGUCCGCCUCGAUUUGAACACGAAGAGAUCGAUCGCACAGAAACGUACGACAACGAUAAUUGUCAUGAUAAUUGCAUCGCGACGAUUAAAGAUAAGGGCACGUUAUUGUCACGUCACGCGAGCUCACUCUCAUAUUGCAUUAUAAAUAAUACCAUUAACAAAGUUACCGAUUAUAUCGAUUUGUAUAACUUUUACAAAUAAUAAUUUAUAUCUUUUUAUUUUAUUGGUUAGCUAGUCUAUAUUUCUUCGCAAGAUAGAUAUACAUGAAUUAUAUAAUUUUUUUAUCUAGCUAUACAUAUACAUGCACGCGCGCGAUAUGACGCGAUACUGUUUCCUCAAUGAUGCAAAUCGUAUCGGUAAAAAAGCGUGAUAUCACACACAUGUCAUAUUAUUCAUUUUAAUAAAAUACUUCAUAUGCU